ACUACCACCACCACAGAUCGCGGCGGCGGCAUGGCAUCAGGGCAGGAUGAGCACCCCCAGGAUAGCUAUGGGGUCAGAGAAGGGCGGGGAGGAGAGCGCAGGAGGGUAAAGGGAGGCUGCGGGGGGCCGGACCGGGCCCGCCCCGAAGGAACAGCCACUUGCGAUAUCGUUUCCUGCCAUUCCUGUUGGCGGCGCGCCGUAUUCCACAGGACCAGAACUACAUUUCCUGACAUUUUCCUGCCCGAUCUGUCAAAAGGACAAUCCUGUGAACUCGCGACAAUUACCUCGACGAGUUUGCUGGCCGGCCGAUGGUCUCUAUAUAUAUAUUUUCGCGGAAAGAAGCCCGUUUUGAGCGCGAAAUUUGGAACGGAAUGAACGUUUUGAGGAAGUUCACGUCGUUUUAAGGCGGGAAUCUUGAUGUACUUUGUUGGUUUUUUUAACGGGUAUUUACACGAAUUUUCUUGUGAACGAAAUUUUUUUUUUUGACUUUGUAUCGUCUUUUGUGUGGAGGUGACUGUAGUUCGGGAAGCUCCGUUUUAUGAAUGAAAAUACUAUUCUCGUGAUAUUGUGCCAAAAAAUGAACUUUUAAUCCAGAUUUGACGUAAGCGAAAUAUCCGUCGAAAAAUGUACGAGAGCUCAUGCUCUUACCAGGGGGCGUUGGAACUUAAACGCACGCCCACCACCACUUGCCCUUUGGGCAUUAAAACUGAGGACUUUAGCGCUGCCAGCGACUGGCCAACUUAUAGAUUUUGUAACCCCAGUACCUUUGAGCAACUGAAGCAAAGCGUGGAAAAAGCGAAGGCUGCCUUGCAAGAUAGAACUUCAUUUUUUGGCAACGCAAGCGCCUUUAGUGAUCUUUAUAACGCUUCCUCUACUGGAAGAAACCAUCAAGAUAAUAUCCAAGAUAACAGUAGGUUAAGAGACAACAACGAAGUAGAUGUAAAAAGGGGACUUAAUUUAGAAAAGUCUCUUCACACGCAAUCAGCUACGCAGAAGUCCUAUAAUAGCUUAUCAGAAACCCUAAGUAGGAGUAAAUGUGACACGUCAUACAAAGGCUCAUGGGGUUCUCAUACUGCCACACAAUCACAAGGAUAUGGUACAAACGCCCUCACCAGUAUGACAAAAGCGUCGUUGGACCCACACAGCCACCUUAGACAACCCGAUCCAUAUCAAAUGUUCGGGCCGACCAGUAGUCGUUUAGCGAGUUCAGGAUCGGGUCAAAUUCAACUCUGGCAGUUUCUCCUGGAGCUUCUCAGUGAUUCCUCGAAUGCGGCCUGCAUAACUUGGGAGGGAACGAACGGUGAAUUCAAACUCACUGACCCCGACGAGGUCGCCAGGCGGUGGGGUGAGAGGAAAUCAAAACCGAAUAUGAAUUAUGAUAAGCUUAGUAGAGCUUUGAGGUAUUAUUACGAUAAAAACAUCAUGACCAAAGUCCAUGGAAAGAGGUACGCGUACAAAUUCGACUUUCAAGGACUAGCGGCGGCCACACAGCCAGCGUCCAGUGAUCCAAGUAGUUAUAAGUACCAAAGCGAAUUCUUUAUGAGUUCUUAUCAUCAUAGCGCUAAACUUGGAGGGUUUAUGGGUCAUCAUGCAACAAUUCCUAGUUCAGCAGGAUCAAUAUUUCCGUCGCCUGGAUCCUACUGGAAUAGCCCGAGUGCGAAUUUGUAUUCCAACAUCGCGGCUAGUACGCAUUCCAUAAGCCACCACGCGGCGCCCCACUUAGGAGCGCCACCGCUUGGUAGCUACCCCCAUUACGCAUGACCAUCCCCCAAUAGUGCGGGAGCUACCGACUGGAGCCGAAAACUAACUAUGUAAAAGUAAAUAAUUGCUCCAUAUAGUAUAUGCAGUUGAGUGUAUGCCAAAACUGGUUAAAAUUCUAAAUAUUGCAAAGUAAUUUUUCCAUAGUUGUACUAAGGUGAGUAUUGACUUGCAACAAAACACUACAAACAAACCAAACGUGCCUCACAGUCCAAACAAUCUGCAACAAAAAAUAUUGCGCGGAACGUUCUGGCUCUUUGCGGUAUUCAUUGCAUUCCAAUUAGUAAUCAACAACUGGCACCGUAUCCACUGAACACCUGAAAUAAGGCAUUCCAUUUACCGACAAACCUCCGAAAAUGUUUUGUGCGUUCUGUUCUGUUCGGCGCAACGUACUCACUAUACAAAUUUGUUACAGCGCGCGCGGCGCGUUUUGCUUGAUCGGAGUGUUUUGUUGCAGUCAAUACACACCUUCAAGCCGCGUAUCUACUGGCAUUAACAUUUGUAAACGUUUGCGAAUAUUGAUAAACGCUUGCGAAGUACCCACCGAUCAGCACAUGUUGUUUGAAAUUGUUCACAAAGCAGUUUUGAGAGCGUUUGUCGCGUAUCCAAGUCUUUUUUAUUUUGAGGAAAACCGAGAAUAGAAAAAUUGUAAAAAUGGCCCCGUUAAGUAGAAAGAAAUUUGCCGCCUGUGCUGCAUUAGUAUUUUGUGCACUAAUAGAAAAAGAAGAGAAGAAAAAAAGAAGGAAACAUAGAUUUUGAGUGUCUCAUUUUUUAAAAACUAGAGUUUCUAUGCAGCUGAUUUCUGAUAGCAAAACUGACAGGAGUAGCUUAUUCAAAAAUUUUACUCGAGUUUCGCCAAGAGAUUUUGAUUUUCUGCUUUCAAGAAUUUCUCCAGAAAUAUCUAAAAUUGACACGAACUAUCGAGAGCGCGUCUCUGCCGAAAUUAGACUGGCCAUAACACUUCGCUUUCUAGCGACAGGAGAUUCCUAUGCCAGUCUUAAAUCGCGUAUCCACCUGAUAAAUGGAACAUUUAGAAACAUUUGCAAUCGUUUAUAAACACGAUGUUUAUCCGGUGGAUACGUCGCAGGGCCGUAUCUAGGGGGGGGUUUUGGGGGUUCAAACCCCCCCCCCCCCCGAAAAUCUUAUAACGUAAAAUAAAAUUGAAACGACUGGUAACUAUAAAUUUUUUUUUAAAUUUACUUUUUAAAGUUUUAAAGGUGUCCAGGCUAUAAUUAGAAAAAAAUAUCCAGCAGCAAUAUAUGUGCACUGUAGUGCUCAUCCUUUAAAUUUAGCUCUUGCCCAUUCCUGUAAGGUUCAGAGUAUCAGAAAUUGUAUUGGAACAAUAAAAUCUAUUGCACAUUUUAUAAAAAUAUUAGCUAUGCACACUGAGAUAUUAAAAAAUAAAAUUAAAGAACAUGUUCCAAAUAGUAAAUGGAGUAAGUUAACAUCCAUGUGUGAAACUCGGUGGGUGGAAAAUCAUGAUGGACUAAUUAGGUUUACUGAAGUUUUUAAACCCAUUAUUGAAACAUUAGAAGAACUAAAACAAGUAAGAGACAUCGAAACUUCUUCAAAAGCUUUGCAGUUCCUUCGAGCUAUUAUGACCAGUGAGUUUAUUAUCAGUAUGUUAACAGCGUCCACUUUAUUUGCUUUUACUCUACCGUUAUGCAGAAUUCUCCAGACUGUGGAUUUUGAUCUAUUUAGCGCUGUUGAGCAUGUGAAUACUGUUAUUAGUCAGGUCAGGAAUAUGAGACUGAAUAUAGAUCAAGAAUUCAAAAAUAUUUGUAAAACAUCUGAAGCUAUUAUAAAGUCUAUAGAUGAUGAAGAAUGCAUAAAAAUACCUAGAAUAAUUUCACGACAGCAGAAUCGUUCUAAUGCCAUGGUAGCUACUGCAGAGGAAUAUUUUCGAAUCACAGUUGCAAUUCCUUUUUUUGAUCAAUUUAUAGAAGAACUGAUGAAAAUCUGCAAGAUUUGCAAAUCACGAAAAAUCAAUUUCAUUGUUAUAUUGUCUAGUACCAAAUAUGUGCGAAGCACACAUAGGUAGUAAAAAUUGAAGACUUGUUACCAUAUGAGGAAUUUUUGGACCUAGAUACGUUAUCUGCAGAACUACAGUUGUGGAAACAAAAAUGGAUUAAGCUGCCUCAAGCAGAAAGGCCAAAAAAUGCUCUUGAUGCAUUAUCAGCAUGUAAUCCAUCUUUGUUUCCCAAUAUUCAUACUCUGUUGCAAAUUCUGGCUACGUUACCUGUAUCUACAGCCUCAUCAGAACGAUCAUUUUCAUCGCUAAGGCGUUUAAAAGACUAUUUGCGCAAUUCAACUGGUCAGGAGCGGCUAACAGGACUAUUGCCCUUUUAA